CCGAGGCGGCUGCGGGAAGGUGCGGGGAGGGGCAGCCGGCGCGGUCUGCCCGGCGCUUCCUCGGAGACUCGCAGCCCUGUCUCUGCAGCUGCCACUUGCAGAGUCCGCACUUCCCUCCCCAGGAAAGGAGCCGGCCCUCCAGUUCAGGGGUCCUUCCACCACCCGCCUUUCUCUCUCCGCCCGCCGCCGCCGCCACCCCGUCUUCCAUUGUGCUGUGUCUUUGCGCUUUAGCUCUGCUUCCCGCCUUAGCCCUUACCCUCGUCGGGAGCAAGAUUAACUUGAGAAUUUGUGAACCUCGAGUUGCAAUGGAGCUGUACGGCAAGAUGGCCUCUUCCCAAGAUUCAAGGUAUGGCCAGAAAGACUCCUCUGAUCAGAACUUUGACUACAUGUUCAAAUUGCUGAUCAUCGGCAAUAGCAGUGUGGGGAAAACAUCUUUUCUGUUCCGUUAUGCAGAUGACUCCUUUACAUCUGCAUUCGUCAGCACAGUUGGGAUUGAUUUCAAAGUAAAAACUGUAUUCAAAAAUGAAAAGAGAAUCAAGCUUCAGAUUUGGGACACAGCAGGCCAGGAAAGAUACAGAACUAUCACCACAGCCUAUUAUCGUGGCGCUAUGGGCUUCAUUUUAAUGUAUGAUAUCACAAAUGAAGAAUCCUUCAAUGCUGUACAAGACUGGUCAACACAAAUCAAAACAUACUCUUGGGAUAAUGCCCAGGUUAUCCUGGUUGGAAACAAAUGUGACAUGGAAGAUGAGCGGGUCAUUUCAACCGAGAGAGGCCAACGUUUAGGAGAACAGCUUGGGUUUGAGUUUUUCGAAACAAGUGCCAAGGAUAAUAUUAAUGUCAAGCAAACAUUUGAGCGCCUUGUGGAUAUCAUCUGUGACAAAAUGUCAGAGAGUUUGGAGACCGACCCAGCCAUCGCUGCCGCAAAGCAGAGCACGAGACUCAAAGAAACCCCUCCUCCACCACAGCCCAACUGUGGCUGUUAAUGUCUACACACACACAUGUACACACAUAUGCACACAUGUGCACAGACACACGCGCGCGCACACACACACACACACACAUACACACACACACACACACACACGGGCAGCUCCAGGAGUCUCUGGUUGCCAAGAAACAGCAUUUAUAAAUGGUCUAUUAGCCUUCACUUAUACUGCCUACUCAUUAUUUGAAGGAAGUCUUUGAUGUCAAUGGCCCAUACAUGCAUUCAAUUUUGGAAGAUUUACUCUAUUAAUAUGUGACAAAUAUGUGAUCUUAAAUAUGUAAGGACUAUCCACCUAUAAACAUCUAGUACUUGCAUGUGACUUGUUUUUUAUUUGUCUAAAGGCUCUUGUUUUUCAAAUUUUUUCUCAGUUAUGCCAUUGCUGAGAUCUCAGCCAAUAAUAUGAUAAUUGAUUUGUGUGCCAGAGAUUCAAAAUAUGUUAUUUAUUUGUAGGGGUGAUGACUAAGGAAUUGCUGGUGUGUGUGUGUGUUUGUGUGUGUGUGUGUGUGUGUGUGUGUGUGUGUGUGUGUAUGUGUGCAGAUUGGGGGGUUGCAGGAGACUUGCUUUCCUCUUCACUGAAAAUCAAAUAUAGUGUUUUCUCUUGGUUAGGGACAUUGUUGUAGCUCACUAUUAGAAAAUGUAUCAUUUUCCACUCCUAUUGGCAACCAAGGAAACCACUGACUUUAAAGAAACUGAAAUAUUGUUUUUAAGGCCCUUACCAGUUUUCUUAAGUCAUUAACAUUGACCUGCCUAGAACUAGAUGUAAACAAUAAUUUUAAUUUAUAUGUUAAAUAAGCAAAUAUCCUACCCAGGUCUGCACUUUCCAAUGAGUCUAAUUAAAUUUCUGAGUAUCUUAGAGCACUGAACACAUAGAUAUAUAAUGAAUGAAAGCCAAUUAUGCUGGCUGUAGAAUUCCAAGGCCUGAGUACCCCAAUUUCCUUAAUGAUUCCCCCUACCCCCAUAACACACACACACUGCCACCAUCACUGCUGCUGCCACCACCAUCACUGUCUGAAAAUGUCAUCAACUCUGGAAAUAGGCUUUAGGCUGAAACUUACUGGGGCUCCUUUUCCUGUAGGAUGUUGAUUUGCUGCCCAAAACAUUGCCCUCUGCUGGAACUUCAGCUGUGUUCUUUUACCUAGUUAGAAGCUACUGAGUAAUAUUUCCAAUUUGAAGAUGAUUUUCGUUUAAAAUGUUUUCAUCAGAGGCAUAUCUCCUCUGCAAGUCUCUAAAUAUUUUACAUUAGACAGACACAGCUUUAGAGCUGAGAGUGACAGAAGCACUUCUGAAUCAUACCAGUUUGAGAGAGCAAGGGAAAUAUUUGAGCCACCCAGAUUUUUAUCCCAGAUUUCCUGAAGACCAUGUAUAAAUAGCAAGCAAACAACAAUGUCCAUGACCUUUGUAGAGCACUGGUGGGGAAUUCAGCAUCUAUGUCAAUGACUAGCAUUCUUUACAGCUAGAAUUUUAGGAAGGCAGCAGGCAAUGUUUGGCAAAUUUGUGAGGACAAUUCCAUUAAGUGGACUUUCUUUAUUUCCAUUGUAUUAGAUGUUUCCUUUUCUUUUAAAAAAUAGAGAUGCUUUUCAUAAAGUAUAUAGAUUUCAAGGUUAUUAAGCAGAGAUUUUGAUAGAAAAACAUGCAUAUAUCUAAAUAUAUCUCUGGAGAAAUAAUGCCCGCAAGUCAGGGAAAUAGCCCCCACACACUAUUAGUAACAUAAAAAAUGAAAAUUCUGGUAAAAAGCAUUUGGGGUGUUUUAAGCAUCUUCAUGUUAUUUCUCAUCUUCUUACUUUCAGAUUCACUAAUUGGCAGUACAUUUAUACUUUGGCUUCCUGCAAGGCAAGCUUAACUUAUAACAACAAGAAAAAUGUAUGUUUUAUUAGAUUUUAAUAGGGCAACCACAUUCACAACCACAGGUAUUAAAACAAAGGAAAAAUAAACAAGAGUCAUGAAGAACAGACUGAUCUGCUAUACUAGUAGUCUUAGCAUGACUUUAACUUAAGUCAGAAUGUGGCCAUAUUAAAUGAUGUAGCUCUUAUGUUUAACUUUUACCAUCUACUGUGAAAUAGUAAGAACAAGAAACUCUUCUCAUUCUCCCUCAUAGCCCCUGUUCCACACAUACAUGAUUCACAUGAAGACUUCAUAGGAUACUUCAGAUGGCCUUCAUGUGUGUGCUGUUUUAAUGUGGAAAACACAAUGACAAAGGAUGAAAAAGGGAAAGAGCCAAGUUUUGCUAACCUGAAAACUCCUUCCCCAAAGAACUGAUUGCUGUUAGAAUUAAUUGACCCUUCGACCAGGAGACCAAACCCAAGUGCCCACUUGCAAGUAUCAGAUGUCCUAAAGUUGGACCUCUCUCUGUGUCCCGGUCAGAAAGAGUGAUGCAGUAGUGGCCCGGCCAUCACUACCAAGGAACACUCAACGCUUUGUCCUUUUCAAACCCCAUGGGAGUAGAGCCUUCCUAAUUAAUUCUCAGUUCUGAAGCUCCCACUCUGCUGUGAAUUUCAUUCCAAAUAAUUCAGUGAAAAGUUUCCAGAGACAGUUAUUGGGGAAUUCAAAAGAAAGCACCUGUGUUCUUGAUAUAAAGCAUAUGAGAGAACAUUUUUCAUUCCUAAUUGCAUCAAGAUAUCUUAUCUUCAAAAUAAAAAUAUGGAAAAUAGAGAAACCAGCCCAGGGUUCAUUAUGUGAGCUUCUAUUGCACUGAGUUGAAUUAUUUACAAAUCGUAGCACUUUAGCCCCAACGUUUUCCAGCCUUUUGGGCACUAGACAUAUAUACACACAUACUCACACACUGUACUCCACCUACCAACAACCUAAAUGUCUACAGGUCAUUUGUUUUUAACCAAUAACCUAAUUAAGUUUGAAAUGUGACAUGUUUAAAAAGUAUGUGUUAGUUUGUAAAUCCUGGACAUCAGCUCUUGUUGUCUUUGAUGUAAUUGGACUAGAAAUUCAAGUAUGGUUUUAUUCAUCCUAUGGCCACACCCCACUUCUCAAAAUAGGUUUGUGAAUAAACCUUCAGGGAGAUGCUCCCAAGAACUUUGGUUUGCUUCCCUUUCCUAUAGCACCUGAGAAAUUGGAUUGAAAAUUGUUUUAUCUAAAUAGCUGUCUACGGAGUGAAUCAGCAUUUCAGGCUUUGGGAAUGAGUGGAUAUACAAGAUGCUGUGAAGUGCUGUUAAGCUCUAGGACAGUAUUUUAACCACUGGCCUCACAUCUACAGGCUCAGAAGAAUUACUUCAAAACAAUAAUCAAUUCCCUGUUGUUACCCCCACUGAACAGCUUCUACUGCCAUCAUGAACUUCUAAUAACUAUGAAGCAAGAGGUUCACAUAGUUCCCGUUUGGGUCACUUUACAUUCAAUAUCCCUUUGCUACCUGGUUAAAAAAAAAAGUGCCAAGAUUUUUAUUUGGAAAAGGGGUAUGGUGAUGCCUUCAUUUGUGGAAAGCUGAAGCAUUGUGAUGAUAAGUGUGAAAUAUAAAUUCAACAAAACCACAACUCAAAUUACAUAUAGAGAUAUCACUACACUCAAUAAGCAAAUGUGUAUUUCCCUUAAUUCUUUUGCAAUUAAUAAUAGAUCUUUUGUUUAUUUAGCACAUUCGUUAUUUUUAUGAGCCAAUUUAAACUUCCAAUUUUAACAGCUUUGCUGAUAGACUUUCAGGUAUAGGAUGGUCUUCUUUUGAAAAAGCAAAAUGCAUUCUAUUAUUAACUGAAUUUCCAUUAAGCAACAUUAAUUUUGGAAUGUCAUAAUUCAUAAUCAGUGGUUCAUUGUGAUGUGUUUUAUCCAACAUGUAUCUUAGUGCAUGGAUGAAGUUUUCCUACAGUCUUUUAGUUAACUGUGUAGUAUUUGUGGAACUGUAUUAAAAAUGUGUUCAAAUUCUACCAAGCUGAAGUAGCAGCUGCAUGUUAAAAACUAUGACAUCAAUCGUAAAGUCAUGGCUGAAACUCUUUUAGACCAACAAGUUAGUCUGUUGAUAAUCUUCACAGCACUGUCAGAAUGCUCAGUCAGACGUUUUUGGUGCAGCAUACGUGGGAGCUAGCCUAUCUGGCUAAUGAACCCUUUCUCUCCAAAUAGCAGCUCGUAUAAGGGUCCCCGAAACUCCAUUCCUGGGUAUAUAAUUGAGCAGCUAGGCCCAUGUGGCCUUGCUAACCAGUCUCUGAUAAAUGCAGCCUCUCUAACUCCACUCUCCUCUGCCUAUUUGUAAACACUACCUGUGCUUCAGCAGUUUGCCAGUAAAAUGAUGACAUCUUGCUGAUCUAUUAAACCUUUCAAUACUAGGGCCAAUUUUGGGGCUUGCUUCAUAUUUUACAUGAUUUUUUGACCAAACUAAUUUGCAGACAUAAAGCUAUGACAUGCCCUGAAUUCACUGGAAUAAAUUGGAUAAAAAUCAUGUUAAUGACCAAAUCACCCCCACAAAAAAAUGUCUUUACCCCUUAAAGGCCAAAGGUUCUAGAAAUACAGUAUCCCUUAAAGAGACACAAGCAGUUUGAUGAGACUUUUUGAAAUGUAAAAUGUAUCUAUUGCUAUUGGCACUUCAUAAAUAAAUGUAUUUUUAAAAUCUGCCUACAUAUGCUCAACACUCUGGUCAAAUCAUUCUUCCCUUUGGUACAUGAAAAUAAUUCACUUUUGGGCCACACAGUCCUGAAACUCCCAACACACACCACUUUCAACCAAUGAUACCUUUCUUAGUAAGGGGAAAAUCCCAUCUAUGGUGCUUUCUCAGUGCUAAGAAAAAAGGAGCGUUUGCUAUGUGCCAACUGGAACUCACAUCUUGUUUUUAAAGGCCCAUGAAAUAGAUUCAUCACACUGAUUUGAUUAAUCUGGGUUUCUGCAUGUAAUGAAUUUAAUGUAUUAAACAGAGAGGGUAGAGAAAAAACACAUUCUAGACAGCAGAAAUAAAUAAUUUCAAACCCUCACACAGAGGUUGAGUGUUAAGAUCAGAUCAUCUAGUGAGUGGACAAACUGAACUUUCUUUUUGUGUGUUUUUUUCCUACUUCAUGAUUUUUUUUAAACCAUUUCAUUUUUUAAAAAACUAUCCUUGUGGAAUGACAAGACCAAGAAUGGGAAAUGAGACUCAAGUGUCACCAUUUAUCUCCUUUCAGCUACUAUUGUUGGAGUUGGGAGUUACCAAUGUAUUUCACUUAUCUGUGUUCAUAUUUCCCUUCAUUGUGGACAACUGAGAGUUGGCUGUGGCUCUGUCACUUAAUAUAAUAUGUCCAUGUCAUGUUGUUUGGAGCUAUGGAUUGCUUAGUUUCAUGAAUACUGUUAUUAUAGAUGCGGGUGGUAUAUGAGACAUACAGACAACUGGCCUUUCAGGGAGGUGAGCAUGACCUAUAUCUGGCUGUUGGUUCCAUAGUCUUUGUCAAAGUGAAGUCUGGGGAUGUCUGCUGUGUCACUAUGAUGACUUACCACACAUAAUCUCAUCAUCCGUAGGAGGUGUGCUGAAUGAAAACUGUCCUGUAAUUCCUGUUAAUAUAUUAAUGUCAGAUGUGACGUGAUACAGUUGGACUGUCCAAAUGUACAACUAUUUAAUGGUGUUUGUAGAACUGAAAUGUCUUAAAUGUUGCAUGAAAUAUGUUCUAAAAAUAGAUUUUUUUUCUAUUUUUCAAAACCUCAGAAUUGAGGGUUCAUGGGCCAAUAAGUGCAAUAUUUAAUGACUUACUCAGUGUAUAUAAACUAGUGUGAAAGAGUGAAUUAUAAUGAAUGUGUGAGAUACUUUGAUGGCUGUGUGCUUAUUCAAAUGAAUUCUUGUAGCCGUAUUUGUCUAGUGGUACAAUUUAUACAGUAAAUAUCUUAUUGGUGUCAUGUGAAUCUCCUCUGUGCCUAAUUUAAAGUAAUUUUUUCUUAGAAGACCAAAUGUUUAGUAUCUGCAAAUGUGUGUCAGUUUUACCUAUUGAAAUUGUGUUUUAUUUUCCAGAAGAAUGACUGUGAGCUUACUUUAUAAGAGCCUUCCUUUCUAUAAUUCAUAAUUCUCCUUAAGCUUCUUGUGAGUGUAAUGAGCACCUAAUUUAUAUACCUAAGAAAAAUAUGCAUAUAAAGAAGUCACUUCUUUUCUUCUCAGAAACAUUAAUCACAUGUCCUAUCUACUAGGAAUUUCCAUUCUUGUAUUUGUAUGUAUGUUUUAUUGUUACUCAACCUUGUACUUUGUUUGCAUUAGCUGAUGUUAUAUUCACUUUUGAUUCUCAGUUGUCCACAUUGGUGACAAUAGAAGAAAAUUCAGUGUCCUUAAUUCAUUUUGUCACAUUAUCAUAACAUUGUAUAUAUGAAGGUUAAUGUAGGUCAACAAUGUAAACUCUUAUUUGCCAUUUCAACUUUUAGGGGAAAGUGUCAUUUGAGCAUUUUAUUCUGUAGUUGGAUUUUUUUCCUUUAGUUAACAGGGUAAGCAAUGAUACAAUAGGAAGAAAAACAAGUAAAAACUUAUUCACUAAUAAUGAUGAAGCUGAUUCUAGAUGGCCGUGGAUGUCUGUACAUGUUACACUGCCAUCAGUUCUCUCUAUGGCACUUGACUGGAAACUGACAUGUAUGGACACACCAAUCCUAGGAAAUGGCUCUGGACGAUGUGGCCAGUGUGUGACCCACAUUUAACUGUGACUGAAAGUUGUACUCAGCUCUCUAAACCUACUGAAGAGGUCAAGGGAAGAUGGGUAAGAUGAAGAUUAGUGAUAACUUUGUGCCAAAUUUUUUAAAAAAGAAAAAUGUAAGCAGGUAGCCAACACUAGAAUGAUUAUUUAAACAUGUGGUAAAAUGUUUUGUUUGUUGUCACAUAAUUAUUGAAUGCUGUGUACUCGUUACUGUGGGAAUCAAAUGUGGAAGAGGCAUAGCUCCUGUCCCUAAGGAGAAUGAGGGGAAGAAAUGCAAGAUAUAAUUUAAGGACGAGGUUAUGUCAGCGUCUAGGAGCACAGAGCUUGGGGACCUGUAAGAACUGGGAGAGUGGAGGGCAGCUCCACCAAUGAGAUCGCAUAUAACUCCAGAAAGAAUUAGAGAGUGAGAAGAUUGUGCCAGGCAGAUAAAUGGGAGAGACCACAGUACAUUCCCUGUGAAUGGAAGGGGAUUGGCCGCUAUAGAUCAUUGUUUUUCUCAAAACAACCAGAGUGACCUUCUGAAAACCCUCCAAUUACCCCAGCGUAGCUCCCUGCAUUUUGCUCUUCAUUUGGAAGACAAGCUGCUAUUUCCUCAUGCUCCUCUAUGCUGAACAGCCUCCCAGGGAACCCCAAAGCCCAAUUGCUUUCCAGCCACAUUAGAGCAGUUAAUGUAGACAUUUGCCAAUGUACCAAACCUUGAGACAUUAUUUAAUCUAAUGUCAUCCAUGCAGAUAUGCACCCAGACAGUUUUCUGAAGCUCCAUGUUUCCUAAGAAGGGAUAGGAAAUACACUGAUAAAGACCUUCCUUUGUAACUGGGCACUUUGGGCUCCUUCUCAGUGACUGCACUGUGGAUCUCUUCUUGAGAAAAUAUUGACAACAGCUUAAUGCUUUCAUAUAGUGACUGUGAUGUUUAGUUGAAACUACUGCUGCAUAGCAAAUAUUGUGACUCUUAAUGUGUCCACGGGAGCUCUUGUCUGGGUUUAAAGCUAUAAAGUGUAUUCACAUUGUGAAAUUUUAUCUUUAUUGAAAUUAAUUGUGUAAAAAUGGUAUGUGCUCUAUUAGAUAUUAAGUUUGUAUGUGAAUUCUGUAUGGAAAGUGGUUUUUGUUCUUUGAGUUUAUCUUGUAUUAUUUUUUGGAGAUUACAAUAAAUAUCUAAGAGACUAUAUUCCUGAA